GCAAUGCAAAAUCAGCUAUCGAAGUUCGAAGGGGCGACAUCUAUUUUGACUCAUAUAAAGGGCUCAAAUAUCCAUGUCACAAAACGCUGGUACAAAGGGCAUUACUUUGCCAAGAGCACAGACAACCCAAAAGGAGGCUGGAAACUUGAAGGAUGCGAAGUGGAAGAAUAUCCUUUUGGUUCUGGUAAUCCCGACCGCUCAAAAGACGCAGAUGCCAUACUUCGGCUCAUUCCUGGAGGCCCGUGGUCUGAAAGGUUGGAGAAUCAGAUCGCUGGCAGCCACCUGAAACUUUGGGUCGAGUCAGUGGCGAAAAGGUAUAACGAUUUCCAGGAGAAAGACACAGGGACAAACCCAAAGAUCGAUACAACAGGCAUUGUCUAUUGUAUUGAUUUUGAUUCCCGCUUUACCAAGUACCUGCCGGAGGACUUGGUGGAUGAGAAUUUCUGUGCCGCUAGGGGAUCCUUGGUUCAAUGUACCUGACACCGGUCGCAAGAAGCCCG